AUGUCGCUUAAGCAGAUUGUUGGGAACAAGCUUUUAAAUGAAGUGAUCCGCCCUUUGAAGAAGCCAGAAGGAAAAGGCUGGAAUGCUUUGGUCGUAGACCGACUAUCAAUGCGCAUGCUUUCUGCAUGUUGCAAGAUGCAUAAUAUCAUGGAAGAUGGCAUAACUAUCGUCGAAGAUCUGGCGAAACGGAGGGAGCCACUUCCUAGCUUAGAUGCCAUCUAUCUAAUUGCUCCAACAAAAGAGUCUAUUGAUCGCUUGAUUGCCGACUAUACGGUGUAUACACUGGACUCGCCUGAUACGUAUUUCUUAUACUACAAUGCUCAAAAACAAGGAGGGCUGACAUCUAACCUCGAGCGCAUAGCUGAACAGUUGGCAACAGUAUGUGCUACUUUGGGGGAGUAUCCUUCUCUUCGUUAUCGCGCCGAUUUUGAACGAAACGUGGAGUUAGGUCAUCUGGUUGAACAGAAACUGGAUGCGUACAAAGCAGAUGACCCUACAAUGGGCGAAGGAGCGGAUAAAGCUCGUAGCCAGUUGUUGAUCAUAGAGUGCCUCUCUUGCAAAAGUUCAUCCUUGAAAGUAGUUCUCCUUGACGAAAACGACGAUCUUUGGGUAGACACGCGCCACAAACAUAUCGCUGUUGUAUCGCAAGAGGUAGUUUUAUUGGUUUUCAUAAAAUUCUUGUGCAAUCAAGGGAGUGACUCGAAAGCGGGUUUCAAAGCAGAUGCCAAAUCUAUCAAAGAUUUAUCUAUGAUGAUUAAAAAGAUGCCACAACAUCAAAAGGAACUCAAUAAGUUUAGUACUCAUUUUCACUUGGCUGAAGAAUGCAUGCGGCAGUACCAAAGCGGCGUUGAUAAACUUUGUAAAGUUGAACAGGAUCUUGCUACACAAAUUGAUGCCGAGGGAGAAAGGGUUAGGGAUCCGAUGAAACUGAUGGUGCCGUUACUGAUCGAUCCCGUUGUGAAAACCGAGGAUCGUUUGAGGCUUAUUCUUUUGUAUAUUCUCAGUAAGAAUGGUAUCACUGAUGAAAAUCUCAAUAAACUUCUCCAACAUGCUAACAUUGCCAUGGCUGAGAAAGAAACCAUAACGAACGCUGCUCUACUAGGUCUCAACAUAACAACUGAUCAGGGACGCAAGAAAGUUUGGACUCCAGCUAGAAAGGAGAGGCCGAACGAGCAGGUGUAUCAGUCCUCACGUUGGGUUCCAGUACUCAAAGAUAUUAUGGAGGAUGCCAUUGAUGACAAACUUGAUACCAAGCACUUCCCUUUCUUGGCUGGUCGUCAGAUUAAUCAGCCGUUCAGAGCUCCGACGUCUGCGCGCUAUGGGCAGUGGCAUAAAGAGCGAGGACAGCAAGCUCAGUAUCGCAGUGGUCCACGUCUGAUCGUGUUUGUCAUUGGAGGUCUUACGUAUUCGGAAAUGCGAGCAGCCUAUGAAGUGACACAAGCGAAGAAACCAUGGGAGGUUAUAAUAGGAUCCGAUCAAAUUAUAACUCCAGAAAAGUUCUUGGCCAACCUUCGCGAACUGAAUAAACCCCGUGAACAAUGA